AUGCCUAAGUCAGUGCAGUGGAGAUCUCCUGAAUCCGGAUGUUUUAUUCUCAAUACCGAUGGGGCAUUCAAGGCGGGUAAUGGUUUAGCCUCGGCAGGGGGCUUGAUUCGGGACAACAAUGGAUGCUGGGUUCAAAGUUUCACUCUGAACAUAGGUCAUACAGACAGUCUUUCGGCUGAAUUAUGGGGCGUGAGAGCUGGGUUGAUGCUAGCUAAAAGUCUAAGCUUGUCGAAGGUUGUGGUGGAACUAGACGCUGCAAUUGUUGUUCAAUUUCUCAAAGAAGGGAUCUCUCACUCCCAUCCGAUGUCCAUAAUAGCUCGAGAUGCACUAGCCUUGAUUAGCGAAGGCUGGGUCACGGAGAUCAGCUUGGCGAGCUCUUGGGUCCUCUUCUUGCCUUUGGAGCUCCCUCGACCUCCGCGCCUACCGCUGCGAUGCCGACACGCUUCUACUUGCAAAGCUUGGCGAGCUCUUGGGUCCUCUUCUUGCCUUUGGAGCUCCCUCGACCUCCGCGCCUACCGCUGCGAUGCCGACACAGCGACGUCUCUGGCGUCCAGGUGUCUGANGGGGCUUCGAGAGAUAACUGGUGAUUAUUGCCGUGAGAUUUCGGAUGCUACUCUCUCGGUGAUUGCAGCGAGGCAUGAAGCCCUAGAGUGCCUUCAGAUUGGGCCUGAUGCUUGUGAUAAAAUUACGAGCGAUGCCAUUAGGCACGUGGCUAUUUGCUGCCCCAAGCUCCGGCGGCUGAGGCUCUCUGGUGUGAGAGAGAUUGAUGGAAAAGCUAUUGGGGCUUUGGCCAGGCAUUGCACUGUUUUGGAGGAAAUCUCGUUCACUGAUUGUCUGAAUGUUGAUGAGACUGCCUUUGGAAAGGUGAUGUCACUUAGGUUUUUAUCGGUUGCGGGAUCUAGGAACAUAAAAUGGGCUUCUGCCGCACUUUCUUGGAGCAAGCUGCCCAAUUUGGUGGCUGUUGACAUUUCGAGAACCGAUGUGAGUCCAAGUGCAGUGUCUAGGCUUCUCUCAUUGUCGAAAAGUUUGAAGGUUAUGUGUGCUUUGAAUUGCUUGGCACUUGAGGUUGAGGGGAAUCAUAACCCGGCUGCAUUUAACAAGAAGGGGAAGUUGCUUCUUGCGUUGUUCACGGAUAUUUUUAAAGGGAUUUGUUCUUUGUUUUCGGGUUCUAUGAUUAAGGGAAAAGAUAUUUUUGGGUUAUGGAGGAGUUGGGGAAAGAAGGAUAAGAUUCUGGAUGAUAUUAUGAGCUGGCUUGAGUGGAUUUUGUCGCAGUAUCUUUUAAGAAUAGCGGAGACUAACCCGAACGGUAUCGAUGAGUUUUGGUUGAACCAGGGUGCUGCUCUUUUGCUGAGCUUGGUGAAGAGUUCUCAAGAGGAUGUGCAAGAGAGAGCAGCCACCGGGCUUGCUACUUUCGUUGUGAUUGAUGAUGAUAAUGCAACUGUGGAUCCAGCAAGGGCUGAAGCUGUGAUGAAGAAUAAUGGGAUACCAUUGCUUUUGGAACUUGCGAGGUCUCGUAGAGAGGGUGUACAGUCGGAAGCUGCAAAGGCCAUAGCAAACUUGUCAGUGAAUUCAAAAGUUGCGAAAGCAGUAGCUGAUGAAGGGGGCAUAACAAUCCUAGCAGAUCUAGCGAGAUCCAUGAACAAACUAGUUGCCGAAGAGGCUGCUGGAGGGCUUUGGAACCUUUCUGUAGGAGAAGAGCACAAGGCGGCUAUAGCUGAGGCUGGUGGUGUGAAGGCUCUGGUGGAUCUUAUUUUCAAAUGGCCCUCUGGAACAGAGGGAGUUCUUGAACGAGCUGCUGGUGCACUUGCAAAUUUGGCUGCUGAUGACAAAUGCAGCAUGGAGGUCGCAUUGGCAGGUGGGGUCCAUGCUCUAGUGACACUUGCUCGGUCAUGCAAGGUUGAUGGAGUUCAAGAGCAGGCUGCUCGUGCCUUAGCUAAUUUAGCUGCUCAUGGAGAUAGUAACAGUAACAAUGCUGCUGUUGGCCAAGAGGCAGGUGCUCUUGAGGCACUGGUGCAACUAACUUGUUCGCAGAAUGAAGGAGUAAGACAAGAAGCCGCUGGUGCACUAUGGAAUUUAUCAUUUGAUGAUAGAAAUCGUGAAGCAAUUGCUGCAGCUGGUGGGGUUGAAGCAUUGGUUGCUCUUGCACAAUCAUGCUCCAAUGCUUCUCAAGGCCUUCAAGAGAGAGCUGCAGGUGCUUUAUGGGGAUUGUCAGUGUCUGAAGCUAACAGUGUUGCUAUUGGACGAGAAGGUGGUGUUGCACCUCUAAUUGUACUAGCUCGCUCUGAUGCUGAAGAUGUCCAUGAGACGGCCGCUGGUGCACUGUGGAAUCUUGCUUUUAAUUCGGGCAAUGCUCUUCGUAUAGUUGAAGAUGGGGGUGUUCCUGCCCUUGUUCACCUUUGUUCAUCAUCAGGCUCUAAAAUGGCUCGGUUCAUGGCUGCUUUGGCUCUUGCUUACAUGUUUGAUGGAAGAAUGGACGAAUUUGCAUUGGUUGGCUCGUCUUAUGAAGGCACCUCUAAGAGCACCUCUAAGAGUGUUAACUUUGAUGGUGCUAGAAGGAUGGCAUUGAAGCACAUAGAAGCUUUUGUGAUGACAUUUUCGGAUCCUCAAGUCUUUGCUGCCGCUGCUGCUUCGUCAGCUGCUGCAUCAUUGGCACAAGUGGUUGAAGCAGCGCGCAUACAAGAAGCAGGGCAUCUGAGAUGCAGUGGUGCUGAGAUUGGCAGAUUUGUUGCCAUGCUUCGAAAUUCUUCUUCCAUUCUUCGAGCAUGUGCUGCUUUUGCUCUACUUCAGUUUACUAUUCCUGGAGGUAGGCACGCUACACACCAUGCAUCCCUCUUGCAGACCGCAGGGGCUGCCCGGGUUUUACGUGCAGCAGCUGCCUCUGCUACAGCUCCAAUAGAAGCCAAACUCUUCGCAAGAAUCGUGCUAAGAAAUCUCGAACAUCACCAGUUAGAAGCUUCACUGUAGAAUCCAACACAGAAAACACACUUCUCCUAUGAAAUACUUAUACAAGAUGGCAGCAUAAACUCUCAUCUCUACGUUUCCUUUCCCUUCGCAUCAAUCAACAUGAGGCGACGCAUGACACAUCUGUUUAGAGCCAAGCAAUGUCUGAUUCUUUGUCAAUGAAACCCCCUAAUGUCGAAGCCAGAGUCUUUGCCAACUUUCGAUAUGGGAUGACGUUGGAGCUUUGCUUUAAAUUGUUUUUGUUAGUUGUUUAUUGGUUUGUUUUGUCUAAUGAUAAGGGUGUGAGCACAUUUUCUUUGUAUUAAUUUGGCAUGUGAAACAAGGUGCUGGCUGUUAUAAAGGGAGAAAAAAAAACCAGUAUCUGGCAGUUUUGUACGUUAUGUAUUUAUUAACUGCAUGUACACUGUUAUAGCUAUAUACCAGAGUAUUUCAGAUUUAACACAAGUUAUGACUUUAGUGACUGGAAA